AUGAGACCAUUCUUCCGCCCAGCCCUCAACCAAGCCCUCAACCGGAGUACUUUGACCGAGUUGACUCCUCCAAAUGGGCUCCAAGCCAUUCAGAAGAACAAUAUUGCGCAUAAGAAAGUGCUGGAGCUCCGCAAGACUACCAAGCAGGCCAUGGCAGAUGCCGAGGCAAAGACAGCCGAGCUUGAGCGAGCCAAGAAGCUGAUAGCCGAGCUACAGUCCGAGAACGGUCGCUUGACCGGACUUGUUAGCUCGGCUGAAGCAGAAAAACAAAAAAUUGUAGCAACGGUGAAAGAUAAAUACUUGCGCGAGUUGGCCAAACUUAAAGGCAAAAAAGACGUCGAAAUAGCAGAUCUGAAGAAGAAGGGUUUUAGGAAAGGGGUAUUUGUAACAUCCUCGAUCUGCAAUUUUUCUACUAAAGGUAAAAAGAGAUCUAAAUCAGAUGGCAGUGAUUCCAAUGAUGAGAAUUUGUCCAAAAAGGAGCUGGCCCUGAAGCAAGCGUUGGAUCAGAUCACUACCUCAUUUGGAAAGGGAUCUAUUAUGUGGUUGGGUCGGUCCACCUCUCAUAAGCAAGUUCCAGUGGUGUCUACAGGAUCUUUUUCUUUGGAUAUAGCACUGGGGAUUGGUGGACUUCCGAAGGGACGUGUUGUGGAGAUAUAUGGUCCAGAAGCUUCUGGGAAAACGACUGUUGCUCUACAUGUAAUUGCUGAAGCACAGAAGCAAGGAGGUUACUGUGUUUUUGUUGAUGCUGAGCAUGCUCUUGAUCCAGCACUUGCCGAGGCUAUUGGUGUAAAUACUGAAAAUUUGCUUCUAUCACAACCUGAUUGUGGUGAACAGGCUCUAAGUCUUGUGGAUACCCUAAUACGGAGUGGUUCAGUUGAUGUCGUUGUGGUGGACAGUGUUGCUGCCCUUGUGCCCAAAGGUGAACUUGAUGGUGAAAUGGGUGAUGCACACAUGGCAAUGCAAGCUAGAUUGAUGAGCCAGGCACUCCGCAAAUUGAGCCACUCUUUGUCUUUAUCACAGACAAUUUUGAUAUUCGUAAAUCAGGUCAGGGCGAAGCUAUCUACGUUUGGAUUUGGUGGGCCCACUGAAGUUACUUGUGGUGGCAAUGCUUUAAAAUUCUAUGCUUCAGUACGCCUAAACAUUAGGAGAACAGGGCUUGUCAAGAAGGGAGAGGAGACUGUUGGAAGUCAAGUUCUCGUAAAGAUUGUGAAGAAUAAGCAUGCCCCGCCUUUUAGAACUGCACAAUUUGAGCUUGAGUUUGGCAAAGGGAUAUGUCAGGAAACUGAGCUCAUAGAACUGGGAUCCAAACACAAGUUCAUAACAAAGGGAGGUGCAUUUUAUAGUAUGAACGGUCAGAGUUUUCGUGGUAAGGAUGCUAUCAAACAAUUCCUUGCUGCUAACCCAAGUGUCAAAGAGGAACUUAUGAUGAAGCUCCGGGAAAAGUUGCUCGACUCUGAGGAAGACAAGGGAAAGGAAUCUGAGGCAGAGGCUGUGGAUGCUGACCCUACAGAGCCAGUUGUUUCAUCUGAUACGACUGAUGAAGAAGAAAUAUCUGCAGUUGAGGCAUAAGACCGUCAAUGACUAUAAGAUGUAAAUGGGAAAAUGUCCGUGUCUCAAUGUCUUUGGGAUCUCCUGAUCAUGUGGUGAUGUUGGGGCGGCCUUCAAUCUACGAUUGCAGGCUUUCUGUGCCGACCCUUGGCAUGAUUUUCCUAAAUGAGGGCGUUUAAAAUUAUAUGUAUAUCUUGCAUUGUUGUAGUACAUGGAAAGAACAAUUUGGAAAAGUGCUGGUUCAUUGUUCAGUUUCCUGUAAUCAUCCCCAUUGCUAAUUAUAAGUUGUCAGCUGCAUUUGGUAUGUUGGUGGCAUUGAUCCUAUUGUACUGUACAACUUCAUGAAGCAAGAAAUCAAUGAUGUGUUUUGUCCUA